GGCUGGUAUCAGCUGUCGUCCAUAGGCCAAUACGGCCGGCCGUUCCUUGACCGGCCACAAGCUAACAGCUGAUUGGCUAUAUAUAGUGCAGCACGUGGAGGUAGGACUGUGUGAGCAGUGUCGUCUGCUCAGAUAGUGUCAGGCUGCAGGAGAGGAUAACGUGAGAACCCUAGCGUCAAGUCGUUGGUGUGGUUGGGCCGACCAUUAUAGAAGAGCGUCGUCGCCGAGGUCCACGCUUUCUUAGUCUGUGUAGAAAUGCCGUGCUGUCCGUACCAUGUAACAUCGUCCAGUGUUUUCAUCCGCUGAUCUCCCUGCCAUGUGGACCGGGUGCACGAAUCAGUGAGAGAAUAAUCAUCAAACGAAGCAUGAAGAACGGAAUGGCUUCUAAAGUCGAGAACGGGGCGAAACCUACGUCGGAAGCUAGCCCCGACCCCGAGACAAGCCAGCCUGACUCCCACGAUGACAUUAUACCGGACGGAGGCUGGGGGUGGGUGGUGUGUUUUGCUUCCUUCAUGAUAAACUUUAUUUUGGAUGGAACUAUGUUUUCGUUCGGAGUUAUAAUGCUGGAACUCUUGGACUACUUUGGAGAAUCGAAAUCUAAAACCGCCUGGGUUGGAUCUACUUUGCUUGGGAUGAGCAUGCUGAUGGGUCCACUGGUCAGUUUUCUGCUGCGGCGAUUCAGCUGUCGCCAGGUCACAAUAUUCGGCACACUGUUAUCAACCAUAGGCUUCGUCACCAGCAUGUUCGCCCCCAACGUAGAAACACUCAUCAUCACGUACGGCGUUAUAGGGGGUAUUGGUUUUAGUAUGGUCUUCCUCCCGGCCAUAAUCAUUGUUGGACUUUAUUUCAAUAAGAAACGUGCGAUUGCAACGGGCAUAGCAACCAGUGGUUCCGGUGUUGGAACAUUCGCAUACGCACAUAUAUGUGACAGACUUCUUCAUGCGUACGACUGGAGGGGGACGGUUCUCAUCUUAUCCGGCUUCGUUCUGAACUGUGUGGUAUGCGGCUUCUUGUUCCGGCCGUUUGUUGAACAGAAGCUGCGCCAGAAGUUCAAAAGAGAUAAGGACGCCGGCGGAAGCAGCGGUUAUGGGGGUUCCAGCGAAGAGAAUGAGAGCGUCAAAUCCAAGGAGGAUAUUUACGAAUGUUUGAAACCCCUCCUCAGCAAGAAGUACCGUGAUGCAAAGCCGGAUGUUUUACUACCCAUUGAUCCGUCAAACCUGAGACAGAAUACCACGGCAAGGAUGACGAAGAGCGCGGAGAACAUCAGUCGUUUGCACGUAGCUGUUCCCUUAGAGCGUUUACACAAAAGCAGCCACAACAUCGCGAUGAAGAACUCGCUAGACGACUUCCAGGCGGAGAAAAUCAAGCGAGGACUCUCGAAGCCGAUCCUGCGGAAGGAUAUCUUCUACUCGGGCAGCAUACGUCACCUACAGCAGUUCCAGCACUGUCGGACGUUGUCGCAGUUUCUCGCCGAGAUGACCCAGGAUAUGGAAGUGGAAGAGAUUGAGAGUAUUGACGAGAGGUGCCGCUUCAAGAAGGGCUGGUUUGCACGUCUCAAGUACACACUGGGCACGCAACUGUUCAAGAAGCCGGUCUUCCUGCUGCUCCUCAUCACCUUCACAAUGUGGACAGUGCAGUCCGUGCCGCUCACGUAUGUCCCCGACUACGCCGUCUCCAUCGGCCUGGACAGAUCCCAGGCCGCCUUCCUCAUCUCCAUCGUCGGCAUCACUAACACCAUCGGCCGCAUCUGCGCAGGCUUCAUCACCGACUUUUUCAACGUGCGCAGCAUCGUCACCUACAUCUUCGCACUCAUCGUCGCCUCAGCUGUCAACUUCGUCCUGCCGUGGUGCAAUAGUUUUGCCCUCCUAGCCUGCUGUGCGGGCGUCUUCGGGCUGUGUAUGGCUGUGGCGGUGUCAAUGCGGACGAUCGUUCUGGCAGACAAUCUUGGUAUUGAGUACCUGACCUCCUCCUUCGGCAUGGUGGCAAUGUUCCAGGGAAUGGCCUUCACAGUCUUCCCUCCCAUUGGCGGGAAGCUGUACGAUGUGACUGGGUCGUUCACGUCGCCGUUCAUGAUGGCGGGGUCUAUGUACGUCGUCUCCUUCAUCUCCACCUGCAUCGUCGCCUUCCUCAGACGUAGCGGUCCCGCCGUCACCGUGGAGGAGGAGGUGGAAGUUCCGGCGGAAGUGCCGACGGAAGACAACGCUGCAUGAUCGGCUAUAAACGUUGUAUUCCGUCAAUUAUCUACAGAAUGCGUUUUAAGAAAAUCGUGGAGCGUUUUAACGUUGCGACCUGCGACACAAGACAUGUGUGUGUUUAAUAUUGAUCAUUGGAUGUGCGUGCUGUGGUCCUCAAACAACGUCUGACGCCACGUUUUUCAAGUUUAAAGUCAAGGUCAUAAGGGGAUGUGACUGUUGCGGUUUUUAAUGUUAUGAAGACUGUGCCACCGCAUACCCGUGCUCGAUAAAAAUGAUGUGAAGGGUAAUUCGAGUAACGAAUACCAGAGACAUGUGUCAACCCAUCGCAUGAACAUUUGGCAAAUGCGAUUUGGAUUAACUCUAUACGUGAUGAAAAACAUCCGAGUAAUAUCUCGGUCACAUUCAAUCGUUUAAGUGUGACAUCACAUACUUAUCUCGAGGCUCGCAUGCGAUCGAUUCCGAAUGCAAGUCGUUCUGAAACAGUCGGAAUGGCACGGACUAUCAUGAAUGCCUCUUGCUCUGUUUCAGUUUCGGUAUCACGUGACUUGACGUCGUCAAUCCUAUGAGUCUUAGAAUAAUAAAAUUAUCAAGUAUUCUUUUGGGGUCCGCAAGCCCAAUCCGGUAUAUAAGCGAGCUCCGGAUACAACCUGCCUGGUGUAUCGAGAGUGUAAUGUUCCAUCGUCCGGAAUAGGAAGGUUUUGCAAUAAUGAGGAACUGUACAUUGUUAUAUCAUGUCUUCCUUUAGAAUGUGUUUUAUACAAGCCCUGACUGUUAUAUUGUCAACAUGUUCAAGACGAGUGCUAUCUUUAAGUGCUCGCUGAAAAAACCCGUCUGUCUCAAAGUCCUGCUCCAUUUUCCGACUGUAACAAUCACCUGUGAAGUGUUCCGGUGACACUUGUAGACACGGUUGGGAACCCCAUAUUUAUUUUUAGAUAAUGGCCUCUGGGUAUGCGCACUCUUACGCAAAUGUUAGCGUUCUGUAUUCGGUGUAGGACAUUAAUUUGGGACCCCCAUUUCGUAGACUGUGACCCCCCAUCUUGUUUAUUGAGACCCCCAUUUCGUAGACUGUGACCCCCAUCUUGUUAAUUGAGACCCCCAUUUCGUAGACUGUGACCCCCAUCUUGUUUAUUGAGACCCCCAUUUCGUAGACUGUGACCCCCAUCUUGUAUACUGAGACCCCCAUUUCGUAGGAGGAGACCUCUAUCUUGUUUAAUGGGACACCCAUUUUGUGGACUAGGACCCCCAUCGUGUUUAAUGGAACACCCAUUUUGUGGACUAGUACCCCCAUCGUGUUUAAUGGAACACCCAUUUUGUAGACUGGGACCCCCCCUUUGUAGAUUGGUAACCCAAUUCCGUUUAAUGGAACACCCGUUUUGCAGACUGGGACCCCAUUUUUGUUUAUUGAGACCCCCAUUUUGUGGACUGGGACCCCAUCUUGUCCAAUGGGACCGCCAUUGUGUAAACUAUGACCCCCAUCUUGUUUAUUGGAACCCCCUUUUUCGUUGACUGGGACUCCCACUUUGUAGAUUGCGACCCCCAUUUUGUAGACUGGGACCCCAUCUUGUUUAUUAGGACCCCCAUUUCGUAGACUGUGACCCCCAUCUUGUUUAGUAGGACCCCCCCAUUGUGUAGAAUAUGAAUCCCAUCUUGUUUAUUGGAACCGACAUUUUGUGGACUGGGACUCCCAAUUUGUAGACUGCGACCCCCAUUUUUGUAGAUUGGGACUCCGAAUUUGCAGAUUGGGACCCCCAUUUUUAACCUUGUACCCCUACAAUUAAAGGCUUUGAGUCCCUUAACUCCAAAAUAAUCUAACCCAGGUAAACUGUUAUUUGUCCAUAUGUCUUAAACACUUGUGAUGUGUGGAAAUGCGAUUGUAGACAUACUGUUUCCAUGUUAUUGCUGUUUGUGUCAUACGUCUAGGAUAAUAUGAGAAUGAAAAUAUUAAAUCUAUAUCUAUGCAAAGUGAGACUGAGUGAGUGAGUGUUUGUUUGUUUGUUUGUUUGUUUGUUGUUUAACGCCGCACUCAGCAAUAUUCAAGCUAUAU